UCUUCGGCGCGCAAAGGUGCGCUUCUCUCUCUCCGCGAUGGGCUCCGCGCAGCUCCGCUUCCAGGCCUUCCUGCACCGGCCGGGCUUCGUGGACGACCUGCUGGGCCGCCUGGAGGCGCAGACGGGCGUCAAGAGGGACUACCUGGCCGCAGGUGCAAUUGUGCUUCUGGGACUCUACCUGAUGUUUGGCCAUGGCGCCUCCUUGCUUUGCAAUCUCAUCGGUUUUGUCUAUCCUGCUUAUGUCUCCAUCAAAGCCAUUGAGAGCUCCACGAAGGACGACGACACGACGUGGCUGACCUACUGGGUUGUCUACGGGCUCUUCAGCGUGGCGGAGUUCUUCUCGGACACCUUCCUUUACUGGUUCCCCUUUUAUUAUGCCGGCAAGUGUCUCUUCCUGCUGUGGUGCAUGGCUCCCGUCUCAUGGAACGGCUCCCAGGUCCUCUACCGCAGCGUCAUCCGCCCCUGGUUCCUGAAGCACCACCAGACUGUCGACAGCGUUCUCAGCGACCUCGGCGGCCGAGCCGCUCACGCUGCGUCUGCCGUCUCCAGGGAAGCCUCCAAAGAAGCCAUGAGAAAAGCCCUACGGACAGAGGACUGAGCAACUGAUGCUUUAAACUUCCAAGCAAAAGAAAAGAUGCCCACAUUCUGGAAUAUCCCUGGAAGCUUUGGGAAGACUUCAUUGUUUUUUCUGCUCACCCACGAUAAGAUCAUUCCUUUGGCUCUCCUCCCUCCUCGCCGCCACCAAAUUCUGGAAAUGUGUGGCAGUGCCACCAAUGUGAUUUGAUUGCCUGUUCACUGAGCGCCCCAAGAUAUCCUUGUCUCCUUUCUGAACUCCAGCAGAGGGUGCUGUGACUUCAGAGGUUGCCUGGAGACUCAAACCAGCUUCUUAUUUCUUUGGUCCCUGUGAUCAGUUCCAGAGCAGAGAGAUCCUUCCAUCCCUGAAUAUUCUCCCUGGCAAUUGCAGUUCAAGGCCUCGGGCCAAAUAAUUGGCUUCUGGAGCAAUUUAUAGGGGUAAAGCUAAUAUAUGGGGCUUCUCUCACUGUCCCUAUCUUAGGGUCAUAUGUUAGCAGUAGCCAACUUGCUCAUCUUUCCAAGGACAGAGUGUUUCUCAACUGUCUCCUUGGUCAUUCUGGAGAGAUGCAAUCUUUGGACGUUUGUGGAACAAGGUUCUUUGAAACCCACCUUACUCUUUGCAAACCAUCAUGAAGUGUUUGCCUGGUGUCCUCUCCAUCCUCUUAAUAUACAGCUUGGGAAAAGGCCAAGACUUGCAAAUAAAAGCCAAUGUUCAACCUCCAGUAUUGAUGCUGAGCUUAAUGGGUUCUCCAGACCACCCUAAGCUGCUACUUCCUUAAUGUGUUGUUGGUGGGAUGAGGUGGGUGGGAGCAGUGAUGGGAAACACUCCCUGACAAAUUCCAGAAACUCUCAAGUUGGUAUGACUCUGAACUUCAGCCCCAGCCCCCAAAGCAGGAAGAUCUGCCAAGAAAACACAUCACCCUGAAAAAACCGCACAACACUCCUGGCGACUUUCUGCAUGGUGAACUUGAGAGAUCGUGAGCUUUGUACUUUCUGCUGAUAAAGUUCGAGCUAUCAAGUGUCCACCCCCCA